UAAAAGAAGAAAUCAGAAUUGAAGCAGGGCAUAGUCCCAAAUCUGCCAUGGAUCUUCUGUGCAAUGCGUACUCUACUCCUUCAGACGACGACGAUGACGAACCACGACCAGUAGCAGAACCAACACCCCCUCCAUUGAAGCGAUUUAAACCCCAAAACCCUCCUCUCCUCCCCAAACCCUACCCUCUCAUUGCUGGCAGAUACAUAUCCAAGAGAGAGCGAUCUCUCCUCAGCCCGGCCCUUUCUCCUCCCCUUCCGAAUCCGGCUGCCUCUGCAUCUCCUGUUAUGGGUAGUAUUUCAGAUUCAGAUCUACCACGUGAUAUCUUGUCAUCAUUGAGGCAUCAAGCAAAGGGCCGUUCACAGCUAGGUCGAAUAUCUGAAAGGCUGUCCGUAGAUUUGAAGAGCCACAAAAAGUCUGUCAAUACUAUUCAGUGGUCACCGGCCCAUGCCCAUCUUCUUGCUUCCGCUGGAAUGGAUCAUGCCAUCUGCAUAUGGAAUGUAUGGAGUAGAGAUCAGAAGAAAGCACGUGAAUUCAGCUAUCAUAAUGCAGCAGUGAAAGAUGUCAAGUGGUUGCAGCAAGGAUUAUCUGUGCUUUCUUGUGGAUAUGACUGCUCGUCAAGAUUAAUUGAUGUUGAGAAGGGGUUGCAAACUCAGAUUUUUACAGAGGAUCAGGUGGUUGGUGUCAUAAAGCUCCAUCCAGACAACUCCAACCUCUUCCUGUCUGGGGGAUCAAAAGGACGCCUCAGAUUAUGGGAUAUUAGAACUGGCAAGGUAGUUCAUGAAUACAUUCGAGGUCUUGGUCCAAUACUUGACAUUGAAUUCACUGUUAAUGCCAAACAAUUUAUCUCUUCCAGUGAUGUGUCUGGAAGUAACAUGAGUGAGAAUUCUAUUGUUGUUUGGGAUGUCUCACGACAGGUUCCAUUGUCUAAUCAGGUUUAUGUGGAAGCCUAUACCUGUCCCUGCGUUAGAUGCCAUCCAUCUGAUCCAUUUUUCAUUGCGCAAUCAAAUGGAAAUUAUAUUGCAAUCUUCUCGUCAUGCCCUCCUUUCAAACUAGACAAGUACAAGAGGUAUGAGAACCAUGGAGUUUCUGGGUUCCCCAUCAAGUGCAACUUCAGUUUGGAUGGUGAGAAACUUGCCUCAGGCUCCUCAGAUGGUUGUAUAUACCUUUAUGACUACAGAUCAUCUGAACUUGUCCGAAAAAUCAAGGCAUAUGAGCAAGCAUGCAUAGACGUUGCUUUCCAUCCCCUCUUACCUAACGUGAUUGCUGCAUGCAGUUGGGAUGGUGCGGUUUCAGUGUUUGAGUGAGAUGUUACAUUUCACAUUGCCCAGCAUAUGGUACAUCUCCGGCUAUAGAUCAUUAGAGCUUGUCACAGAAGUCAAAUCAUGUGAGCAAGAUUGAAUGGAUGUUACUUUCUAUACCCUCACAUCUAAUGUUAUUGCUUCAUACAGUUGGAAGUAAGAUACGCUUCAGCAUUCAAUCCAGAUGGCUGAUGAACACUUUUCUUGUUCAAGGGAGCUGUUAGGCCAUCAGAAAGUUAGGCAAAAAAGGGAAAUAUUGAGAGCAAAUUCCUACAUUUAGUUGCUGAGAGGAAACCACACAGAAAAAUACCGGGUCAAAUUUCUCCUGUGCUUGUGUGUUUCUGGUUUUUUUGUGACCAAGCAACAAGUUUUGUCUGCGCUCAGCACCAGUUCUUGUUGAACAUGAGACUGCUGGGCACAGGAACUUGUUAACGGAGCAUACAAAACAUGAUGGGUUCAAACUGCACCUUACUACAAUAAUAGGAGGUGAAUGAGGAAUGUACCAGGAGUUUGUCUUUCACUGGGUGUAUUAUGACCUCAAACUCUUUUGAGUCUUGAUCCCCAUUGAGUCAUUAUUGUUUGUCCUUUUCCCCCAAGUUUUCAUCGAAGGGUAACACAUCAUAUCUUACCGACCACUGCUGCAGAGAACAGUAAAGUUGUACAUAUAAUUACCUUAAAUUUUGGAGACCUGUUUCAAUGAAAUGCGAUUCUGUGUAACAAUUUA